AUGUUGUUACGUGUAAUAUCUCGUUCUGUAUUACGUUGUCUGACAAAUCUUGAACUUUUGCGACCGAUAAGCGUCCCGUCGAGUUUUCCUGGUCUACGAACACUUUCCACCCAAGCAUCCCAGGAAUCUCCAGCUCCCCGGGAGCCAAUACGAGCCUCGGAAACAGCAGAAGAAGUAGAGCAAUCUACUGCCGAUAUUCCUUAUGAAGAGUUAUUGAAAGCAUUGAUGCCAUCUGAGAAAGUAUAUAAGACAAUUUCAUCCGAACAUCAUGAGAAACUCAAAGAAAUCAUCAAGGAACUGGAGAUCUUUGCAUACAUGGGAAACAUCGUCCCAAAAAGUUUGACAGAUGAUCAUUGGUAUAGGUAA